GAGGAAGAAGGCCGAGAAAAUGUACAGCGCUUCUGUGAAAUUACCAUUUAAACCCUAACCACCGUGGGGGUUUAUGAGCUAAACCAGAACCGAAGUCGGUGACCCUUAGCUACUCCGACGAGCUUGUUAUCAGUCGCAAUUCCAAUGGCGGCUGCUUCCAGGUUAUGUUCCGCGGCGGCGAUAGCAGCAGCUGCUUUCACAUCAAUGUCCACGUCACACAACCUAGCUCACGCCGACUCGCGAUUCCGCUUCCCCUUCUUCUCUUCUUCACCACCGCCGCCGCCGACGUCAGAAUCUCCAGCCGAUCCGUCGGAGUCCACCAAAGCGGCGGAGCCUGAUGAGCGAAAAGGAUCUGGAUUCGAUCCUGAGUCCUUGGAACGAGGCGCUAAAGCUCUUCGUGAAAUCAACAACUCUCCUCAUUCCAAACAGGUGUUUGAUCUAAUGAGGAAGCAGGAGAAGACUCGGUUAGCUGAAUUAGCCGCCGAGAAAUCGCAUAACGAAGCUAUUCAAGCACACAAGGAUAUAGAAAGACAGAGGCAAUUGGCUGAGGAUCAGAGAAAUCUACUGCAGCAGCAGGCACAAGCAAAAGCUCAAAACCUUCGGUACGAAGAUGAGUUGGCGAGGAAGCGACUGCAGACGGAUCAUGAAGCCCAGAGACGGCAUAAUGUUGAGCUGGUUAAGAUGCAAGAGGAGUCUUCUAUCCGGAAAGAGCAAGCGAGGAUCGCCACGGAGGAACAGAUUCAAGCGCAGCAGCGCCAGACUGAGAAAGAGAGAGCCGAACUUGAGCGAGAGACAAUUCGAGUCAAGGCCAUGGCUGAGGCUGAAGGCAGAGCUCAUGAAGCCAAACUUACUGAGGAGCAGAACCGGAGAAUGCUUCUGGAUAAGAUUAAUGGUGAAAGGGAGAAAUGGCUUGCAGCUAUCAACACGACUUUCAGUCACAUUGAAGGGGGAGUCAAGGCCCUAUUAACUGACAGAAAUAAGCUGAUUAUGACUGUUGGAGGUGCUACAGCAUUAGCCGCUGGAGUUUAUACAACUCGAGAGGGUGCAAGGGUUACAUGGGGUUAUAUUAACCGGAUACUUGGACAGCCAUCACUUAUCCGAGAAUCCUCCAUGGGUAGAUUUCCGUGGGCAGGGUCAGUGUCUCAGUUUAAGACCAAAGUCUCUAAGUUUGGUAAAGCUGCAUCUGCAAAAGGAGAAAACCCCCUUGAUAAUGUAGUUCUCCAUCCUUCUCUAAAGAAGAGAAUUGAGCAUCUUGCUAGAGCCACAGCGAAUACUAAGUCACAUCAAGCGCCAUUCCGCAACAUGAUGUUUUAUGGUCCUCCUGGUACCGGUAAAACUAUGGUGGCCAGAGAGAUUGCUCGGAAGUCGGGUCUUGAUUAUGCUAUGAUGACAGGAGGAGAUGUUGCUCCUCUGGGUGCACAGGCUGUUACGAAAAUCCAUGAGAUUUUUGAUUGGGCUAAGAAAUCAAACAAAGGUUUACUUCUUUUCAUCGAUGAAGCUGAUGCUUUCCUAUGCGAGCGUAACAGCACGUAUAUGAGCGAGGCCCAGCGUAGCGCUCUGAACGCUCUACUCUUUCGAACCGGUGAUCAGUCACGGGACAUAGUUCUGGUCCUGGCCACAAACAGACCCGGGGAUCUUGACAGUGCGGUCACUGACAGGAUCGACGAAGUUAUCGAGUUUCCGCUCCCUGGUGAAGACGAACGUUUCAAGCUCCUUAAACUUUAUCUCAACAAGUACCUAACUGGUGAAGACCAGAAAGGUGACAAAGACACAAAGACUAGAUGGAACCAUUUUUUCAAGAAGCAGUCACAAAAGAUAAUCGUUGAAGGAGACCUAACCGACCACGUGAUCAGAGAGGCUGCGAAGAAGACGGAAGGAUUCUCUGGUCGUGAGAUCGCUAAGCUUGUUGCUGGUGUUCAAGCCGCUGUGUACGGACGACCAAAUUGCGUCUUGGAUGCACAGCUGUUUGAAGAGAUUGUUGAUUAUAAAAUCCAAGAACACCACCAGAGAGCCAGACUUGCGACUGAAGGUGGCCAAUCUUUUCCUUAGAAGCGGGUAGUCACUCUUUCUGUAUGUUUUGCUUCUUUAGCCGCAGUUCUGACUAAAUAUAUUACUAUAAAAGAUGUGAGACCGGUUCAAUUUCGGUUUAAUGGGAUCUGGUUCAGAUUUGAAAUUUAGUCUUUGUAUAAAUUUCAUCCAUUCCCUCA